UUGUUCUUGUUGUUGCCGAAGAGAAGACAAUUGUAAAAUUGAGAGAGGGCGAGAAGGCCCGUAAAUUGCUGGCGUUGGUUCAGAGUUUGAACGGAGAGAGGGCUUCAAGGCCUAAACCCUCUCUCUCUCUCUCUCUCUCUAGAUUUUUUUUUGUUCUCUCUCUCUCACUAACCCAUUGCGAUCGCUGCAACCUGAAACCUCUAUUUCUGUGAUCCCAUUGUGUCGUUUACGGGUUUGUCUCAUCUCUCUUGGGAGGAGGGACCAGGUUUUGCUGUCGUGCACCUUGUGAAUUAUUGUCUUGCGUCUCAAUACACUUCUGGGUGUGAUGAGGUCAGUCUUGGAGGGAAAUAUAGUGCACAAGAGGCUUCUUCAAUUGCAGUGGUAAAGGCAGGAUUUGGGGGCCUUUUUCUUUCCAUUUUCCUUGCCUUUUUGGAGGUGGUUAUGUGGUAAUACAAUUAUAUUGAGCUGAUACCUAAAAAGAAUGGGAAAGGGGAGGAUAAGGGCAAAGCUCCGGAGGAGCAAUCUCUACACAUUUGCUUGCAUUCGCCCGCAUUUUCCUGAAACAGAGGAGCAAUUUGAAGGCCCCGGUUACUCACGACUCAUAUAUUGCAAUGAACCAAGUCGUCAUGAAACAAAACCUGUUAAAUACUGCUCUAACUACAUAUCAACCACAAAAUACAAUUUCAUUACUUUCCUACCCAAGGCAAUCUUUGAGCAAUUCCGUCGUGUUGCCAACUUGUAUUUCCUCCUGACUGCAAUUCUGUCACUCACAGAUGUUGCCCCUUUCUCAGCAGUCAGUAUGAUUGCUCCUCUUGCCUUUGUGGUUGGGCUUAGUAUGGCAAAGGAAGCUUUGGAGGACUGGCGCAGAUUUAUUCAGGAUAUGAAGGUUAAUAUGCGAAAAGCUGUUGUUCAUAAAGGGAACGGUGUAUUCAGUCAUAAGCCAUGGAUGAAAAUCCGUGUUGGAGAUGUGGUGAAAGUUGAGAAAGAUAAAUUUUUCCCUGCAGAUCUACUUCUUUUGUCAUCAAGUUAUGAAGAUGGAAUUUGUUAUGUAGAGACUAUGAAUUUGGAUGGAGAGACAAACUUGAAAGUGAAGAGAGCUUUAGAGGCAACUUUGUCCUUGGAUGAUGAUGAGAGUUUCAAAGACUUUACUGGAAAGAUUAAAUGUGAAGACCCCAAUCCCAGCCUUUACACUUUUGUGGGUAAUCUUGAGUAUGAUUCUCAGAUUCAUCCCCUGGAUCCUAGUCAGGUUCUCCUUAGGGAUUCAAAGCUUAGGAAUACAGCUUACAUAUAUGGAGUGGUGAUAUUCACUGGUCAUGAUAGCAAAGUCAUGCAGAAUGCAACAAAAUCUCCUUCCAAGAGAAGCAAUAUUGAGAAACAGAUGGAUAAAAUCAUUUAUAUCCUUUUUAGUCUCCUCGUGUUGAUUUCAUUGAUUAGCUCAUUAGGCUUUGCUGUGAAGACACAGUUCCAGAUGCCAGACUGGUGGUAUUUGCAACCCUAUGUUGAUUCAAAGUUGUAUGACCCUAACAGACCUGCCUUGUCGGGCUUAUUCCAUUUGGUCACUGCCCUUAUACUCUAUGGAUAUUUGAUACCCAUCUCACUCUAUGUUUCAAUUGAAGUUGUGAAAGUCCUCCAAGCAAUGUUUAUUAACCAGGACAUCUACAUGUAUGAUGAAGAGACUGGAACUCCUGCUCAAGCACGGACAUCGAAUUUAAAUGAGGAGCUAGGUCAGGUUGAUACAAUACUCUCUGAUAAAACUGGCACUUUGACAUGCAAUCAGAUGGACUUUCUCAAGUGUUCCAUUUCUGGUACAGCAUAUGGCACACGCUCUAGCGAAGUUGAGCUUGCAGCUGCAAGGCAGAUGGCCAUUGAUCUUGAUGGGAAUGACUCAGAAUUAUCCUAUAGAAGUGGUGGAGGUGUUCCAGAAAUUGAGCUGGAGACUGUUGUUACUUCUAAAGAUGAAAGGGAUCAAAAACCUCCGAUAAAGGGUUUUAGCUUUCAGGAUACCCGGCUUAUGAAUGGAAGUUGGUUGAAAGAGCCUAAUUCAGAUGUCCUUUUGUUGUUUUUCCGGAUACUUGCUAUUUGUCACACCGCAAUUCCAGAAGAAAACGAGGAGACCGGUGGCUUUACCUAUGAAGCUGAGUCUCCAGAUGAAGGAGCUUUUCUUGUUGCAGCAAGAGAAUUUGGCUUUGAGUUUUGUAAAAGAACACAGUCGAGCAUAUUUGUACGUGAACGAUAUCCUUCUUCUGAAGAGCCAAUUGAAAGAGAGUACAAAAUUCUCAAUCUGUUGGACUUUACUAGCAAAAGGAAGAGAAUGUCAGUCAUAGUUCGGGAUGGUGAUGGCCAGAUUUUUCUCCUGUGCAAAGGUGCAGAUAGCAUAAUCUUCGAUCGAUUAUCAAAGAAUGGAAAAGUGUUUUUGGAAGCUACUACAAAGCAUCUGAAUGAUUAUGGGGAAGCUGGUUUACGUACAUUGGCACUUUCUUACAGAAAGCUUCAAGAGGAAGAGUAUUCUGCUUGGAACAAUGAGUUUCUUAAGGCAAAGACUUCAAUUGGUGGUGAUAGGGAGGCAAUGCUUGAAAAGGUCUCUGACAUGAUCGAAAGGGAUCUAAUCCUUGUUGGUGCAACUGCUGUGGAAGACAAACUGCAGAAAGGGGUGCCUCAAUGUAUAGAUAAACUGGCUCAAGCAGGUCUCAAGAUCUGGGUUCUGACAGGAGAUAAGAUGGAAACUGCAAUCAACAUAGGAUUUGCCUGUAGUCUGCUUCGACAGGGAAUGAAGCAGAUCUUCAUAAAGACAGCUACUGAUAUGGAAGCACAGGAUUCCAAAGAGAAUUUGUUGUUAUUUAUGCCUCACCAGGCUGUGAAAGAGAAUAUUGCUCUGCAAAUCACCAAUGCCUCUCAAAUGAUCAAGCUUGAAAAAGAUCCUCAUGCUGCAUUUGCAUUAAUUAUUGAUGGGAAAACUCUAACUUAUGCUUUGGAGGAUGAUCUGAAGCACCAAUUCUUGAAUUUAGCAGUCGAUUGUGCAUCUGUCAUAUGCUGUCGUGUCUCUCCUAAGCAGAAAGCCUUGGUAACUAGACUAGUAAAAGAAGGAACUGGAAAAACCACCUUAGCUAUUGGUGAUGGUGCAAAUGAUGUUGGAAUGAUUCAAGAAGCAGACAUUGGUGUUGGCAUCAGUGGGGUGGAAGGAAUGCAGGCUGUAAUGGCUAGUGACUUUGCUAUUGCACAAUUUCGGUUUCUGGAAAGACUUCUGGUAGUCCAUGGACACUGGUGUUAUAAGAGAAUUGCUCAGAUGAUCUGUUAUUUCUUCUACAAGAAUAUAGCCUUUGGGCUCACAAUUUUCUACUUCGAGGCAUUCACUGGCUUUUCUGGGCAAUCGGUUUAUGAUGAUUGGUACAUGUUGCUAUUCAAUGUCGUUCUUACCUCAUUGCCUGUCAUUUCCCUUGGAGUGUUCGAGCAAGAUGUUUCUUCAGAGAUCUGCUUACAGUUCCCAGCGCUUUACCAACAAGGACCAAGGAACCUGUUUUUUGACUGGUAUAGGAUAUUUGGGUGGAUGGGAAAUGGCCUAUAUUCUUCCCUUGUCAUUUUCUUCCUUAACAUUAUCAUCUUCUAUGACCAAGCCUUCCGUGACGAAGGACAAACUGCAGACAUGUCUGCUGUGGGUACCACCAUGUUUACGUGCAUCAUCUGGGCUGUGAACUGCCAGAUUGCACUCACUAUGAGUCACUUCACAUGGAUUCAACACCUCUUAAUCUGGGGCAGUGUUGCCACAUGGUACCUGUUUCUUUUCCUCUAUGGAAUGAUGCCCCCAAUUUAUUCUGGAAAUGCCUUUCAUCUCCUUGUAGAAGUGCUUGCUCCUGCUCCAAUCUACUGGUGUACCACACUUUUAGUAACACUCACUUGCAAUCUUCCCUAUCUGUCUCAUUUAUCUUUCCAACGAUGUUUCCAUCCGAUGGAUCAUCACAUCAUCCAAGAAAUCAAGUACUACAAGAAGGAUGUUGAGGAUCGAUACAUGUGGACAAGAGAACGGUCUAAAGCCAGACAAGAGACUAAGAUUGGAAUCACGGCAAGAGUGGAUGCAAAGAUUAGGCAGUUGAAAGGGAGGCUAACGAAGAAAUACUCUACUAUAGGUUCCCCAUUGCAAUAGUGCGCGUUGUCUUAUAUUCUGAGUCUCAUUUUGAAGCUUUCUUUAGUUUUUUUUUUUUUUUUUUUGGCUGUUUGCAAUUUUAUUAUAUGGCCCCUUAGCCGAUUCUUUCUCCUUUUUAUGUUGUUAUUCAAUUUAUUGGGAUCUAUGAAAGUCCCAUUCAAUACGGCAGGGUACUGAAGCUGUUGUAUGUAUAGUAUAUUGAUAAGAGAUCUGAUUGCAGCUUGAAAAAGAAAAAAAAAAAAGAAAAGUUCAUCAUAUGUAACCAAUCACCUUCUUUCUGCAUCUUCUUGUUCAUACAAUCCUGCACCACUACAUUUAAAGUUUAUCUUUUCUUGCACAUGAAAGUUUCAAGCCAUCUUCAUGUUCUUGGUGUGUGUAACUAAGUGAAGGAGAUGGCAGUCAUUGUUGCAUUGAUGGGUUCA